GAAAAAACCGACUCAUCUACAAAAAACAGCAUUUCCCAGGUGCACUUUCGCGGUAACCACGGCGACAAGGAUUCCCUUGAAAUUGUGGGAAGAAAGGAAACUAAACGGAAAGUUAGCCUAAAAAUAUCAUCGUGAAGAACAAUGUCCGAGGCACAAAUGUCCCGCAGUUCACGUUUCACAGCCGGUAUCCUGACGGCUGACAGUGACCAGAGCUUCAUCCAGUCUUUAUACGAGUUCAUGGAGCACGAGAAGAAGUGCCUGCAAUGCCCGGGGGAGGGUCCCGACGAGCUCCGAUACACCGUCCACCGCUCCGCGUUCAGCAAGGUGAUUGGACGAGCAACAGCCUAUAAGAGGCUUCUGUUGGCCAUAAAGUUGGAGUAUGACAGCACCAUCAGGGAGCUGCAGAGGAGGGAGGAGGAAGCCAGGGCAGCACGGCUAACCGUGGCAGCCUCGGAGUCACGCCUGAAAUCACUGCUCACCUGUGAGCGCCAAGCCGCCCACCUGAGGCAGAGGAUCUCCACCCUUCAGAGGGAAACAGCAGAACUUCAGGAGGAGAUCGAAAGAGAGAAAACAUCUAAAGAGCAGAGCACAUGGAUACCCGGUUUGACGGUGGCUGAGUCUGAGGAUCCUGAGGCUCUGGGCGGGUACCUGAAGGACAUGGAGACGCAGAGAGACGCUCUGCUGGACAGAAAGGGGCACUGUGUUCCUCUGGAGGUCAAAACCAAGCUGGACGCCGAGCUGCAGGCCGCCAAGCGCCGCAGAGAUGAGCUGAGUGCCGAGAACAACCACCUGACAGUCCUAUACAAACGUCUGAGGAGUGUGUGGGACUGUCUGAGCAGCUGGGAGGAGGAGGGUCAGCCGGUUCCUCUGGAGGAACUUGUGGGUUCCACUCUGGAGAACAUCAGGGAGGCAGACGGGAUGGACGAGGACAUCUGCAGCAUCAAGCAGCUGUUUGAGGACCAGGAGCCGACCAGAGCUGAUGCAUCUGAACUUGAUUACCUGGACAGGUUUCUUGAGCUGUUUGAGUCAGCUCAGUACGAGGACGCCGCUCUAAGCGCUGCCAGAGCUCCUCGAGGAGUCCUGAGGAACAUCGACACCAUGGAGAUGUUCAAAGGUGUGGAGGUCCUCCCGGGCUCGCUCUCCCCAUCGUUUCUCUUCUUCUGGGCGCUGCUGUUCACUGCCGGAGCCAACGGCGAGCUGUCGGCUCCGCUCUCCCUCCAGGGCGUCUCCUGUGCCCUCCAGAGCGGCGCCCUGCAGCUCGUCAGCUACGCCGUCACCCAUAAGAAGCUGACCUUCACUGAGGAGCUGGGCGACAUCCUGACUGAGCAUGCUCAGGAGAACCCCGGCGUGGCUGACCUGUGUCUGACGUUGGCCACCAUUAUCUAUGAGGCCUGCAGGCUGCACAGGAAGGCCGCACUGAGCAUGUGCAGGAGAGGGCUGAUCCACAGUGCUGCUGAGUUCCUGAAGCACUGCGAGGACCUCACAGCAGAGGACAGCAUGUGGGUCCUGUGUCGCUCGCCCAGCCUCUCUCUCCUCCAGCUGCUGACGGAGCCUCUGCAGGACAGUGCAGCCAUCUUGUCUGUGGGCGGGGCUUGUGCCGCUUUGCUGGCGGACCCUCAGCGGCGGCCCGUAGCGCUGCAGCUCCUGGACAGCUUCGUGAGCCAAGGGCGAGUUAUUAAAGAUGUGUGCUGUACAGUCAGUCGACCCUGGAAGAAGAGCCGUUUUAAAAGCACAACAUCACCAUGACAUUCAUGCCCACGAUGGGAGGAUGUGAACAUCUGAACAUCUGACCACAGCUGUAGCUGCAUUUAGAGAAACCGCCUUCCUGUUUCCACAAACCAUAAAUGACCAGCAUCUGUCUUUCUGUCUCAUUGUUUCAUAUGUUACAGGUGACCUGUGUCUGACACAUGAAUAAAAUGUUUUUGUACCUAAACAAUAAACUGAUAAAUGAGCUGAUAAAUAUAUGAAUUAAAGACAUUACCCCUGCAGUAUGUUGGGACAGACUGUCCAUGGUAAAACUCUG